CGCUACACACACUCACAAGCUCUUCAGACGUCAGGGAAGAUGGCGGUUGUUUAGGUUAGUCAGCCUGUGCUUCGGUAUCGAGCAGCUGAAUGAACUAGACGCUCGAGAAUAACAGUGGGUUCCAUACUUUAAUUUUUCUAACCAGCACUAGCCACCAAACGUUAUAUUUUUCUAGGAAAAAUAAUGGGAUAUGUGUUGUUUUCAUCUUACGAAGUUGUCCUAUUGAUUACUGCCACAUUGCAAUCGUUUUGCCGCUUUUGAAGCAACCAAAGGGGGCGGGUUUUGAUCGUUAGCUUGCUAGCUUCAAAGGUGGCUAGCUGGCUACUUUUUCUUUUGGCGUUGCCAGUCAGGUGCAUUUUAAUGCAGUCAACAUUUAUUCAGUAUCUUGUUAUUGCUAGCUGAUUACUGAUUACAUUUUCCCGUUGGCGAACUGUCAGUAUGAAUUUUAGAAGCUAGCUACCUUGCGAAUAACAACCGCAUUCCCCGUCUGUUAUUUUUCUUUUUUUAUUUUCUUUUUUUUUCGUUUUUGGCGAGGGUGGUUAUCUAACAAAUGUCGGAUAAUCAGAGCUGGAAUUCUUCAGGAUCCGAGGAGGAUUUGGAAACUGAGUCCGGACAGCCUGUUGUUGAGCUCGGUGGAGUCCUCAGUAAGUGGACCAAUUACAUCCAUGGAUGGCAGGACCGCUGGGUCGUGUUGAAGAACAACACUUUAAGCUACUAUAAAUCCCAGGAUGAAAGAGAAUACGGCUGCAGGGGAUCCCUAUGUCUCAGCAAGGCUGUUAUCACGCCCCACGAGUUUGACGAGUGCCGGCUGGACAUCAGCGUGAACGACAGCGUGUGGUACCUGCGGGCCCAGGACCCCGAGCACCGGCACCAGUGGAUCGACUCCAUCGAGCUGCACAGGGCGGAGUCCGGCUACGGCUCCGAGUCCAGCCUCCGUCGCCAUGGCUCCAUGCUGUCCCUCACGUCCGCGGCCAGCGGCUACUCCGCCACCUCCACGUCAUCCUUCAAGAAAGGACACAGCUUGCGCGAGAAGCUGGCCGAAAUGGAGACGUUCCGGGACAUUCUGUGCCGACAGGUGGACACGCUGCAGAAAUACUUCGACGCCUGCGCCGACGUGUCUAAAGACGAGUUCCAGAGGGACAAAGUCGUGGAGGACGAUGAAGACGACUUCCCCACCACUCGCCCCGACGGAGAGUUCGUGCACAACAACAACGGCAGCAAGGAGAAACUGUUUCAGUCUCUGAGCCCCAAAGGAAUGAAUGGGAUUGACUUUAAAGGGGAGGCGAUCACAUUCAAGGCCACCACUGCUGGGAUACUGGCCACUCUCUCUCACUGCAUCGACCUCAUGGUGAAGCGGGAGGACAGCUGGCAGAAGAGAGUGGAUAAGGAAAUGGAGAAGAGGAGGCGCGUGGAGGAGGCCUGCAAGUCUGCCAUGACGGAGCUGAAGAAGAAGUCUCAUUUCGGAGGCCCUGAUUAUGAGGAAGGGCCGAACAGCCUAAUUAACGAAGAGGAGUUUUUCGAUGCUGUUGAAGCUGCCCUCGACAGGCAAGACAAGAUAGAAGAACAGGUAACGUCCCACGCCGAGAAGUCCCGGCUCCACCGGAGCACCCCCCCGCCCUCCGGAGAUGCCUACUCCAUCAUCGGCACCCACAGGUUCGCCCAGAAGGUGGAGGAGAUGGUGCAGAAUCACAUGACCUACUCCCUGCAGGACGUGGGCGGCGACGCCAACUGGCAGCUGGUGGUGGAGGAGGGGGAGAUGAAGGUGUACAGGAGAGAGGUGGAGGAGAACGGGAUAGUCCUGGACCCGCUCAAGGCCACCCACUCGGUCAAAGGGGUGACCGGGCACGAGGUCUGCCACUAUUUCUGGGACACGGACGUCCGUAACGACUGGGAGACGACCAUCGAAAACUUCAACGUUGUGGAAACCCUAUCGGACAAUGCUAUUAUCGUGUAUCAGACGCACAAGAGGGUGUGGCCCGCCUCCCAGAGGGACGUCCUGUACCUGUCCGCAAUCCGAAAAAUCUUGGCCAACAACGAGAACGAUCCCGACACCUGGCUGGUCUGCAACUUCUCCGUGGAUCACAACAACGCCCCUCCCAGCAACAGGUGCGUCCGUGCCAAAAUCAGCAUCGCCAUGAUCUGCCAGACCCUGGUCAGCCCACCAGAGGGCGACAAAGAGAUCAGCAGAGACAACAUCCUGUGUAAAAUCACCUACGUCGCUAACGUGAACCCUGGGGGCUGGGCUCCCGCCUCCGUCCUCAGAGCAGUGGCCAAGAGGGAGUACCCCAAAUUCCUGAAGCGCUUCACCUCCUACGUCCAGGAGAAGACUGCCGACAAGCCCAUUCUUUUCUAAAACCUCCAGAGCCCUGGUACUGCGGCCUGCCCGCUCUGCCCUGCCCUGCCCUGCACUGCCCCCUGCUGGCGGAGGCCACACCCAGCACACUUUACCAGACGCCCCAGGUGUUGGAGGACCGGCCGGCAGCAUGGACCCUCGCCACGAUACCCCCCCCCCCCCCACCUUCCGCAGACUGUUCCAGAACUCCCUACCUGUGUGGUCCCACCAACUACAUCACCGCCAUUCUCUGCAAAGUGGGGUUCGAAGGCUUUAAUGAUCAUUAGCGCUGACGUCUUACUGUAGAACUGCUAGUGAAUAGCCAAAUGUGUAUUUUUUUUUCUUUUUCUUUUGCUUUUUUCCUGUCAAAACAUUAAAUAUUGGUAAAUAUGUAAUUUGUUUAUAUGGCAAUUUUGAAGGUUGAGUAUAAACCGAGUCUAUUUUGGUCCUGCUAAUUGUAAAUGUCUUUUUAUAUAUAUAUAUAUUAUUGUGAUUUGUUUUGGAUUGUUUGGAUUUGCUUUGUAUAAUCGCUGGUCUCAAGGCUUAAUUUCAUGCUGCUAAUUUUUCUAAAAUGACAAACGAUAGGUCGCCUUUUUUCUUAAACAAUUGUCUUGUUUGUGAAACCUGAGGGCUGUUACUGACCUGUGACCUAUGACCUAUGACCUUUGUCUUUUCACUCGUCUCUCUGGUGAAGACCGCACGCCGUGUCCGAUGGAGGAAGAGUUUGAAAAGUUGAUACUCGUUUCUUUUGUCAGGUUUUUUUUUUUGGUCAUAAAUCUAUAUUUCUACCAUGUUUUUCGUUGUACGAGCGCGACAGAUGGUGUGAUUCACGAAGAGGUAAGAAGGCCACGUUGCUACAGUACAGGCUUUGAGUCUGGAGUUUAGAACCGUUACCAGCCGGAUAGCAGAGAACUGCGGUGAAGGCAUUACCAGUCAAGCAAUAAAUUGUUUGGCCUUUUCCAAACGCAACGCCAGUCCAGGGCUGGCUAACAGCGAGCCGCUGGGCUUCGACCAAGUUGUGUUCUUCAUCAACAGCGGGAUGUCCAAGCUGGCCAUGACGUUAACUGCCCUGGCUCACGCAUUCUACGCUGAACCGUAGAGGAUGAGAAGAACGUUUUCCGUUCCAUUCAGUGACUUUCUUUGGUUUUUUGGGGGGGGGGGGGGGCGGGGUGUGUGGUUGGUGCAGGUAACGAACAUUUCAAGUAUUGUCCGUUAGAUUCACAUAUCAUUUUAUCAACAAUGCACAUCUAAUGUGUCUGUAAAAAUGUGUUUAUGUUCUCGGUGACUGUUGAGUCUUCAUAUGCCUUAGAGAAAAGGAGAUACGUGGGGUGUAAACCCAAUAAAAUCACUAGAGAAAGUGCCUCAGUCUUAUCCCACUGUAGCAGGGCAUAUGAUCUAUCACUGGGUACUUCCAGCAAGAUGAUGUCAACAAGAGAAGACAUACUUUUUAGCUUUUAUUUCUUUAUUCGAAAAGCACAUUUAUAUAGAAAUUUGAAGGGGAGCGGGGUUAACAUUUCACUUCAAUUUCUUAUCUCUUUUUAAGGAGCAUUGUGAUUUUGCAAUCAAUGGGGACAGUCUGUCGUUGUGGAGAGUCCUGCCUACAGCUUUGCGCUUUUUAGUCAAAAAAAGGCGAGCGGCCCAUCGCUGACCUCUCACCCUUCGGGCAGGGGAAGGAUUCCCGCGAUUCCAUCGCGAAAGGAUGCGUUUUUGACUUGGGUCCUCUCAGAAGACUGGACGAGCUGUGGUGGGGGGGUUGGGAGUUUAUCUGUUUUGGGUUCUCAUUAGUUGCAUUGGCACUGAAUGUACUUCAUUGGGGGAAAUGUUCUGUAAAUAAAAUGAUUACACUAAA